AUGGCGGAUGAGGCAAGCACGCGAGAUGAGGUGGUGCCUCCUCAGUCUGCGGACACUUCAGCUCCCGACGAUGCUGUUGUAGAGCCCCAAGUCGAGGUAUCGGAAGGCGCCAACGGUAGCAAUGGUGUUCAGAAUGGAGCUGUCUCCGAAGAUCCAGUCGCGACUUCCGGCACAAGCGCGACAGAACAAAUUGAAGAUAGCAAAGCCGAAGCUAAAGCCGAGAAAAUGGACGAAAAAACAAUCCCCGAUCGCUCGGUUCAAGAGGAGCGACCCGCGUCCAGUGCUCCCGAGGGGGAGGCGGAGAUCAAGGACGCAGAAUUGAAGGACGAUGAACAAUCAGAGGGUGUAGCUCCGACAGCAGAUGAGUCUGCGGAGUUAGCAGAUGCUGCCGCUGGCACCCCGGCUUCGGCCAGCAAAUCGAAGGGUCGACGCAAGUCUGGCGUGCCGGAGCACAAGAAGAAGUUAAACAAGAAGCAAUCCAAGGCAAAGCUGACACACACGGAUGCGAAACCCGGCGACUACUUCUAUGUGCGAUUGAAGGGCUAUCCCUUGUGGCCUGCAAUUGUUUGUGAUGAGGCUAUGCUUCCCAGCACCCUCAUCAAAAGUCGCCCAGUCACAGCAAUGAGAGCAGAUGGCACAUACAGAAGCGAUUAUGAAGACGGCGGUCCCAAGGCCAAAGACAGAACAUUCCCGGUUAUGUAUCUAUUUACAAAUGAGUUUGGCUGGAUACCUAAUUACGACCUUCUCGACCUCGACCUAGAUACAGUUGGGGACGUCCCAAAUAAUAUGCGCAAAGAUUUGUAUGCUGCGCAUCAACUUGCUGCUGAAAAAAACGAUUUGGAUUAUUUUAAGACUGUCUUGACAGAGUUCAUGGAGCAGAAGAGGGCUGACGAGGAAGCCAAAGAGGCUGCGAAGGCAGCCAAGAAGGCCAAGAAAGAGAAGAAAGAGAAGACGCCAAAGGUUGUCCCGACCUUGGACGACAAUGAAGACACAGAGAUGAUGGAUGUCAGUGCUAUCCCUGAUGAUGAUGAUGAUGAGGUCGAAGCACCAAAAUCGAAUCAGAAGAAGCGCAAGAACCCUCCACAGAAUCCUGAUGAAGAAACUCCCGACUCCGCCCCAAAGAAGCCUCGCAUCAAAUUGAACAACACUCCAAAGGCUGCGAACGGGACGUCUACUCCAAAAGCGGCUAAAGAGCCAAAGGAGCCUAAGUCCGCAAAGGAGAAGAGUAAGCCAAAGAAGGCUGCUUCUAAGGCUAAAGAAGCCGCCCCUGCUGUUCCGCCAGAACCAGAACUGACCCCUGAAGAGAAGAGGGUCAAGAAAGAGAAAGAAAUUUUGUUCCUGAGACAUAAGCUUCAAAAAGGUCUCCUUACCAAAGAUCAGGAGCCAAGACCCGAUGAGAUGCAACAGAUGUCCGAGUACGUGAAUAAACUCGAAGGUUAUGCCGAUCUCGAGGUCAGCAUCAUCAGAGUGACCAAAAUCAACAAAGUUCUUAAAGCCAUUUUGAAGCUACCAGCCAUUCCAAAAGAAGACGAAUUUCAAUUCAAAUCGAGGUCUCAGUCCUUGCUUGAUAAAUGGAACAGGCUUCUCGCCAGCGAACAGGUUGCUCCAGCUACCGCUGAGGGAGCUGCCGACGGCUCCAGGGAUGAGAGCAAGGAGAAAGAUGAGCCAAAAGCCGACAGCAUGGCAGCAAAUGGCAUCUCCCAACACGAUGAGACGAAGGCAGAGGAGAAAUCGCCGGUCAUUGAGACACCACUUACCGCGCUACCAAAAGAAGACGAGGCCAGUAAUGACGAGCCAGUUGCAGCAGAAGACUCUCCUAAGGAAGCGGAAGCAACAGCCGUUGAAUCAGAAGCAUAA